GUGGUCGCUGGUUGCAAAACAGAUAUGCGCUAAGUGGAAGUGAAAAACCAGAGCGGUGAUGUCCCCAAAGCACACAGGGGACCUUAGAAGUGUGAUUUCACAAGCAUAAUUGCCAGGAACGAGAUGCAAAUGCGUAGCGUUGCUGGAUUGCAUUUUGUUGUGUUUUUGAAGUGGACUCAUUGGCCGCAGCUGGGCGAUGGUGUUUGCUUCAGGAGGCUUCAAAGUGAUACUGUACGAUAUUGUGCAACAGCAGAUAACAAGUGCCCUGGAAAACAUUAGCAAGCAAAUGAGAGAGCUGGAAAAGUCAGGAAUGCUGAAAGGAAUGCUGAGUGCAGAGAAGCAGUUUUCUCUCAUCCAUGGCUGUUCAGACUUAAAAGAAGCACUAGAGGGUGCCACUUUCAUUCAGGAGUGCACCCCAGAAAACCUAGAAUUGAAAAAGAAGAUUUUUGGUCAGUUAGAUCUUAUGGUCAAUGAUGACAUCAUCAUAAGCAGCUCGACUUCCUGUCUUUUACCUACCAAAUUGUUCACUGGCCUUAAACACGUUAAGCAGUGUAUCGUGGCACACCCUGUAAAUCCACCCUAUUUUGUGCCAUUGGUUGAACUUGUUCCCCAUCCAGAAACAGAUCCUUCUACAGUAGAGAAGACAUAUGCUCUGAUGAAAAAGAUUGGACAGUCCCCAGUCAAAUUAACCAGAGAGAUUGAUGGAUUUGUUCUGAAUCGUCUUCAAUAUGCAGUUAUUAGUGAAGCUUGGAGACUCGUGGGCGAAGGAAUAGUAUCUCCAACUGAUUUAGACCUCGUAAUGUCUGAUGGACUAGGAAUGCGGUAUGCCUUUAUAGGGCCACUGGAAACAAUGCAUCUCAAUGCAGAAGGAAUAAAAAACUAUUGUGAGAGAUACCGUGAAGGUAUGAUACGUGUUCUGAAAACCUUUGGGCCAGUACCUGAAUUUUCAGGUGAAAUUGAGCAGAAAAUCAAUCAGGCAAUGUGUGAAAACAUUCCAGUGGAAGACAUUCCAAAAUCCAUAAAUGCCAGGAGAGAAUGGAGAGAUGAAUGUCUGGCAGGCCUUGCCAAGCUGAAAACACAAAUGAAAUUCAACUGAGGUGUAACCUUUGAUCAUACACUAAACCAAAUGGUCAGCAGAUCUUUGCAGAAAGUGGGUGCUUCUAUUUUCACAAGCAAAAAUCUGUAUUUGUUUGUGCAGAGCAGGUGAUUGAGCUUGUAAAUAAAGAUUUUGCCUAUGUGCAAAUAGAGAGGCCAGCUAAAAGUUUGAUCCAAAUUGACAUUAAUUCAUUAGUAACAGGAGCUGCUUACAACAAUAAUUUCUAAUAGCAUUUCUUCUAAUUCUUAAUGUUUUAGAUCCAUUAGCAGAAAAAUUAUUAAUAUUGUGCAAUACCUAAACACAAUUAUUUUUAAAAUGCUGCAUUUUAUAAUCUUGCUUUGAGAUAUGUAGCUUCAGCAGUGCUUGCUUUUCCAAGAAUCCUUUAGCUCCAGUCCAUGCCAUGAUGGGGCAGGUCCUGCCCCUGAUAUUCUUCUGUGGGCUUAGGAAGCCUGAAUUGUUUUGACUUGACUGGGAUGAGAGAUUAAUUUGUGGAGCACAUAAAGGGAUAUCCCUGGCACUACUCUCUUGCCAGGGGGUUCAGGCUCAUAAAUAGUGGAGAGAACGGCCAGUCCAAAGUUGGAAUCACUGACUGUUCUUCCAAGAGGGUGACAUACAACAGCUCUCAGGGCUGCUGCAGCUCAGCUUGGUAGCUUUCCUACAAUGCAGGACAGAGAGUUACUUUCACUUUCUCUGUCUUCUCUUUGGCACUUAGAUAUAGUGAUAAUGAUAAUGGAGAAGGUUAAGUACUUGAGUAGUAGGACUGAGCAGAAUGUAUAGGACUCAUCAGAGCCCUGCCCUGUCUUUCCUGCUUGUCAGCCUAUGAUUUUGACCCAACCUAAGUGAGCUGUUUAAUGCCAUAAUUGGGGUUUUUUUUAACUACAUGAAAUGUGUCCCAUUUACACAUUGUCUUGCAUUGAUAAAAAACUGUUAAAUCAAAACAGCUAAUCACAGGCAGGGGAGUCUAGUGGCCUGAUCUGAGCAAUCUUAUAAUACAGAUAAUAGAGAAGAACUAUUUAAGCACUAUUAGGCCCUUAUUGUAGCCUCUGUUUAACACCUUACAGUGUUAACUGGCUGUGUUAUAAUCUCAAGAAUAACACAGAUUAAAAGAUGUUAAAUCAGUUUUGCUACAUGCUGGUGGGAUUUCUAAUCCUCUUCCUACCAUAAUUUUAAAAAUUUUGGACAAAAUCAUAAACAAUGUUGAUUACUUUUAGAGCAGGAGGUUGUUCCUUUAUGCUAUAGAUGUGCUCUGUUUUAAAAUGUCAUUAUGCCUUAACCAAUCAGUUUGCUAUGCUUUUAUAUUGAGAUCUUUGAAAAUCUGUCACAUCACCAAACAUUUGUUUGGAUUUGAGUUUUUCACUCAUGAAUAAAAGAUUCUAAAGAAAUAA